AAAACCGAAAUUGGAAAAAAAGGAUGCACUUUCAAAAAAGGUAUUUGUGUGUUGGUGUUUAAGCUUUCUGACUAUUUUACGUGAUAAAAAUAAUACAGGAGUAUUUAUUUUGCGUUUCAGACUACUAUGAAUGACUGUUUAAAUCUUCUACUAAUUGGAAAAACAGGAAACGGAAAAAGUGCUACUGGCAAUACUAUCCUAAAGAGGAAAUCUUUCAAAAGUGACGCUAGCAGUGACUCCGUGACGUCUGAGGUCAAAUAUGAAGUUGCUGAACGCAGAAAACGCAAAAUUAAAGUCGUGGAUGGUCCUGGAAUUGGGGACACUCAUUAUAUUGACGAUAUAGUAAAAGCAACAGAAAUAGUAAUGAAUAAAAUGAAAGACGCUGUUUUACUGAACCCUGAUGGCUACCACGCCUUUCUUCUAGUCAUUAAAUAUGGAAAUCGUUUAACCAAAGAAGACAAGGAGUGCAUACGAAUACUGAAAGCUAUUUUUGGACCUGACUUUAUUAAAAAUUACUGCAUACUGAUAGUAACAAAUGGAGACAGUUUCAAGCUCGAUAAGAAGGAAUCAAAGCAAACAUUCAAACAAUGGUGCGAGAAACAAGAUGGCAUUUUUAAAGAUUUGUAUGCAGAAUGUGAUCAAAGAGCAGUUUUGAUAAACAAUAUCACUACAGACAAAAGGAUAAGAAAGAAACAAAUGACCAAAUUACUUGAAUGUAUCGAUACCUUACAACACGGUAGUCGAUGUUACACAAAUAAACAUUUUGAGUUCGCCACUAGGAACAGACAACAGUUGAUGGCUGAAAUAAAAGAACCACUGGUGCGUCAAAAUGCUAUUGAAACUAUGAGUAUCAUUCUUCAGAAACUAGAUGAUAUUAGACAAAAAGAUACAAACACUCAAAUAGAACAUUUAAAUUCUCUUCAAAUCGAGGCUGAAGAUCUCUUCAAUUACGUAAACACAGUGGAUGAUAAAACAAAUGUUCUUCAAGAUACAAUCUGCAGUGUAAAUGGCCUUUGUAAACGUAUUCAAGAUAAAAUAGAACACGUUGAAAUUCUUUGCCGAGAACGAGAAGAGGCUUUGAGAAAAGAAGAGGAGACCAAAAAAGAAUAUCUUGAUCAACUUAACAAGUUGGAAGAAAAAUACAAGAAGAAACUCAUGGAAGACGAACUACGAAAAGAAGAACUUUUAAAAAUUAAAGAAAACAUACGAGAAAAGGAAAGAAAUCUGGAAGUAGAUUUUCAGAUGCGACAGCAACAACUGAAGCUAGAAUUUGAAGAAGAAAGACAAAAAGCUCGUGAAAAAAUAGAAGAAAAAGAAAGAGAGCUGGAAGAAGCAAUGUCUAACCAGUUAGAAGACGAAUGUACUUUGAGAAAAAUAUAUGAAGAACGAUAUCGACUCGACUCGGAGAUAGCAAUUAUGUUUCAAGAAAUUGAAGAAAAAGAAAAAUCGAUGUUAGAUAAGAUAGAAGUUGAGAGACUAGCAGCCACACAAUUGAUUGAGGAAGAGCAAGUAAAGUAUGAAGAAAAAGUCAAUGAAAUGGAGAAAGAAAUACAAGAACUUAUAAAAACAUUCGAAGAGGAAAAAGAACAUAUAACUAUUGUUAAUGCCUAUUUGUUAACCCGAUUCGCUGACGAAAUUAGCAUGAUAUUCAUAGAACAUGCAACUUUAAAUGAGAAGCAAAUGGCUGAAUUGAAAGAAAAGUAUGACAACUUGAAAAAACAAUACGAAACCCAUCUAAAAGAAACGAGCCGAACUCCAGAUUCUAACGAAAGAUGCAGACAACAGUAACAUUUCUUCCAGAUUUAUAUUCAUAGAGCAUUUAUAUGACGAUGGUUAUUAGUAUAAAAAUUAUUUUAACCAUUUUAGAUAGAUAGUCAGAAUCUUUUGAAUACGCUAAUCACUUUGAUUUUUAAACAUGACAUUUAGUUUUUCAAAUCUGAAACUUAAAAAAAAAGCUGGUUACUAGAUUCGUCUCAAACUCCUUUGGUCUAUUUGAAAAUUCGUAUAAUAAAGUUACUGAAAUGGAGGAUGGAUGCAAUUGACUCAGAUCGUCUUUGGCCAAAGGAAAACGAGACUUACUUUUAAAAAGACAAAGGACUAUUAAAAUAAACAGCUGGAUAUUAUUGUCGCGGGAUAAAACAGUUGAUAUAUAAAGGAAAGCGACGGGAGAACAACAUAAAAGAAUGGAAGGGCCUGCCUUUGAAAGAGGUUCUAACUAACUAAGGCAAAAAGAGAGGAAUGUCAAAGACUGUCGAUGAAUCUUGCAUAGUGCCGAAAAGGUCGAACAGACUAUGGGGUAGGUAAAGGUAAAUCUAAAGGAACGCCAUGUAGUAAAAUAGGUAGAUCAACGAACUGCGUAGUCACAUGAAAUGCUCCACUCCCCUUGUCUAUGGAUCGAAAUAUAUAUACAUUUAUAUUCAUUUAUUUAUUUUUAUGUAUUUAUAAUAUUAAUAUGUAGAGAGAAUGUGACAGGGAGAAAGAGUGAUCUGCCGAUACUAUAUGACACACUCUGAGAUCAGUGUAGUAAAACACUGUUAUGUACAUUCUCUGUAGAGGCCUAUUUUUGAAGACAACUAAAUACUAUAUGAUUUUUUUUAUUCCUAUUUUUAGUCUCAGUCUUUUUACAUAGUCCAAAACUUAAAUGACAAGUUAAAAUCAUCACUAUUGUUUAUACAAUCGAGCCAUUAAUUAUUGAAUGAAUUUCAUAUUUUAAAAGAUUUACCUAUGUGGAUAAAAGAAGAAAAGUAGCAACCUUUUAAUUUUCCAUACAUGUACAUGUUAAUAAUAUAUUAUAGUCUGUUUCUAUUUAUGUUUGAUCAAUGUAAUAUGGCUAGUUAGUUAAAUUAAAGCAUUUCGCUAAUAACGCAAACGACGUAGGUUCUAUCUCCAUUCAAGCUUUUCGUCUUUAUGUCUAUAUGAAUGCUAAGUUAGGAAUUGAUCUUUACUGUCUCAGGAAGUUUAGUGUGACCUGUCUUUCCAUCCAUUCGUCCGUCAGAUAUUGAAAAUCCGAUAUCAUGAUACUUUAGAUCUUUUAAUGUUCGGCGGGAUGGCUACUUUAAUGCUUUCUGAAAGUUAACAGUUUUAUUUUUUUUAAAUUAAAUGUGUAUGUAGUUUUUCAUUAAAAUACAACACUUUGUUUUUCAUUGAAAAACUUUAGAGGAAGCUAAUACAUUGGUAAUAGUCUACUUAACAAUGGGGCACAAAAUAUAUUUUAAUGAUACUACACUCAGUAGAAGCGGUGAAAGUCAGUUUUUAAGUUCCAAAACUAAUUACAGAGUGGCCCAUGCAGUGCCCUGCCCUCCGUGUACACGUUGUGCUAUGGUAGUCUCCAAAAAGUCCCAAAUAAUCUGUAUUUUUAGCAGCGUCCUCUAAGAUGAAAAGUCCUUAUUAGUUUUGUGUUGUCUUUAUGUCGGGCUGUCACAUUAAGAUCGAAAAUCUAGAAAAGCUCUUGAAAAGCUAAAUACUUCUUCUGGACAAAAAAAAUAUAAGUCAGAAAUCUCAAUAUCUAUAAUUGAUUGUUCAGUUUGUUUUUAAGUUGAAACAACAUCAAUAAUUCUUUGAAAUAACUCCUCUGAUAUGUUGUUCAGUUUUGUUUUUUAAGUGGAAAACAAUGCGAAAUGAUUUUUUGAAUUUGUAUUACAAUUAAAACAAGUCGUUAAUAUUCCUUGUUCAUGGUGAGUUUGUCUGAUAGCACAUUCUCUUUGUAAUUUUCUAGUUGUUGCUUUUUUUUCUUCAUGUUUUCAAAUUAAAUUAUUAGUUUGAAAUCGUUUAUUUUCUCAAUUAAUCAGAUAUAAAACAAUCUAUAUUCUAGAGCCAAUAGAGAGAUUUUUGACACACCGUACAUUAGAUUACGAAAUUGGG